AUUCGGUACAUUUCUGCGACUUCUCAGCUACUCCUCUGUAUGCUGCUGCUUUGCGUAUUUGAUCAAUUAACUGGCAACAUCAGCAGUGACCGAACUUAAAAUGACGUUUUUAUGUACAUUUAGUUUUUAUUUAACAGAUGGUGGAUAAUAGCUUAAUGUACUUAAGGUGAAAAUUUCUAAGGAAAGGAGAACGGUCUGGAAAACGUCAAGAAUGUACGUCUCAUUCAGCAUUCUUCUCCAACUUGUCCAAUUGACUCUCUGUCUUUCUGGUGAGACUGAGAGUAAAGAUGGGGUUACAUUUCCCGUGGCAGCUGAUGGUCAGCCUUUCCCUUGGCAUAAAAUGAGGCUCCCUGAAACAAUUAGACCACUGCACUAUGACCUUCGCAUCCACCCCAACUUGACCUCACUCGACUUCACUGGAACCGUUGAGAUCCACCUGGAGGUUCUGCACAACACAGACAGCAUAAUCCUUCACAGCAAAAACCUACAGAUCUCCAAGGCGGUACUUCUGGAGUCAGACAAGCAUCACCCACUUAAGGUUCUGGAGUUGCCUUCCUUUGAGCAGGUGGCUCUUGUCACUGAUGCCCUCAGAAUAACCUCAGGACGGCGAUAUAGAGUUCGCAUGGACUUUGCUGCUAACCUCUCAGACAGCUUUCACGGCUUUUACAAAAGCACCUACCGGACACGGCAAGGAGAAGUGAGGUCCCUCGCAGCCACCCAGUUUGAGCCAACCCAUGCCCGUGCUGCCUUCCCCUGUUUUGAUGAACCGGCCUUCAAAGCCAAUUUUUCCAUUCGGAUCAUUAGAGAAGCUAAACACAUAUCACUGUCCAAUAUGCCAAAGGUGAAGACUGUAGAGUUGCCAGGAGGACUGCUGGAAGACCACUUUGAUGUCAGCGUGAAGAUGAGUACUUACUUGGUGGCCUUCAUUGUUUCAGACUUCCUGUCUAUCAGUGGCACAAGUCAACAUGGAGUCAAGAUAUCAGUGUAUGCUGUUCCAGACAAGAUCAACCAGACAGAAUAUGCUUUGAAUGCUGCAAUUAAGCUUCUGGACUUCUAUGAUGAUUAUUUUGGCAUUCCAUAUCCACUUCCCAAACAAGACCUGGCCGCUAUCCCUGACUUCCAGUCGGGAGCCAUGGAGAACUGGGGCUUGACCACUUACCGCGAGUCUGGGCUCCUCUUUGACCCGCAGAAGUCGUCUGCCUCUGAAAAGCUAGGAAUCACCAUGGUCAUCGCCCAUGAGUUGGCACACCAGUGGUUUGGCAAUCUGGUGACCAUGCACUGGUGGAAUGAUCUUUGGCUAAAUGAGGGCUUUGCCAAAUUCAUGGAGUUUGUGUCCGUCAACAUUACCAACCCCGAGUUGCAAGUGGAGGAUUAUUUCCUGAGUAAAUGUUUUGAGGCCAUGGAGGUAGAUGCUCUGAGCUCAUCUCACCCUGUUUCCACACCUGUGGAGGACCCAACAGAAAUUCAGGAGAUGUUUGAUGACGUUUCGUACGAUAAGGGAGCUUGUAUUUUAAACAUGCUGAGAGAUUUUCUCACACCAGAAGCCUUUAAAACUGGUAUUGUCCGAUACCUCCGACGCUAUAGCUACCAGAAUACAGUCAACGCCCACCUAUGGGAAAGUCUUACCAAUUUCUGCUCAUCAGAUGAAGCCGAUGAAGAAAGACUUACUGGAGGUGAAAACUGUUCUGGGAAGAGACGUCACACUGGAGCCUCAAAGUGGUACAUGGAGGAUGAACUGAACGUGCGUGAAAUGAUGGACACCUGGACCCUGCAGGAAGGCUUCCCAGUGGUGACUGUGGAGGUCAGAGGUCGAGAGGUCAGAUUAAGUCAGGAGAGAUACCUUAAAAGUAAAGAGCCCUCCCAGACCUCAGGGUUCCUCUGGCAGAUACCGCUGACCUAUGUCACCAGCACCUCCAACACCGUUCAUCGAUUCCUGCUGAAAACUAAAACAGAUGUGCUCUACCUGCCAGAGGAAGUUGAAUGGAUCAAGUUUAAUGUGGACAUGAGUGGGUAUUAUAUCGUCCACUAUGAAUCCAGUGGUUGGGAUGCGCUGAUCUCACUGCUAAGGCACAACCACACAGCGCUCAGCAGCAAUGAUAGGGCCAGCCUGAUCAACAACAUCUUCCAGCUAGUCAGUAUUGGAAAGGUUCCCCUUGACAAAGCAUUGGAUCUGAGCCUCUACCUGAGUAAGGAGACUGAGAUCAUGCCAGUGACGCAGGGCCUCGGUGAGCUGGUGCCCCUCUACAAGCUCAUGGAGAAGAGGGACAUGGAGGACCUGGAGAACCAGAUGAAGGGCUACAUUGUGCGUCUGUUCCGGGACCUGAUUGACCGGCAGUCCUGGAGCGACGAGGGCACAGUGUCCCAGCGGAUGCUGCGCAGCUACCUGCUGCUCUUUGCCUGCGUUCGUGGCCACCCGCCUUGCACACGCACUGCUACGGAGUUCUUCAGCAAGUGGAGGGAGUCCAAUGGUACCAUCAGUUUGCCCAGCGAUGUCAGCUUGGCAGUGUACGCAGUGGGGGCACGUACCGAUGAGGGCUGGGACUUCCUGUUUGAGAAGUACCGGCAGUCUCUCUUCCCCUCUGUCAAAAGCCAGAUCAAGACGGCCUUGUCCAUCAGCCCACUGCCACAUAAGCUCCAGUGGAUUAUGGGACAGGGUCUGGCCGGGGAUGUCCUGAAGACACAGGAUCUGCCCAACCUUUUGGUUUCCGUCAGCAAAAACCCAAAAGGCUACAAGCACGCCUGGGAUUUCUUGAGGACCAACUGGGAAACACUGGUGAAAAAGUUUGAACUUGGCUCUCCUACCAUUGCAUUCAUGGUGACGGGUGUCACCAACCAGUACUCCACCAGGGAAAUGCUGGAAGAGGUGCGAGGCUUCUUUGGCAUGCUGCAGAGAGAAAGUGGGUCUGGGCUACGCUGCAUCCAGCAGGCUCUGGAGAGCAUCGAGGAGAACAUCCGCUGGAUGGACAAGAACCUGCCUCUGCUCAGCGCCUGGCUGGACAGGAACAUUUUGCAGGACAGGGGCCUGUGAAAUGCAAUGCAGGGUGAAUAGCUGCCUAUUUACCGAGGGUCGGAAAACCCCUAGAUGGGUUACUGGCUUGUUAAAGGUAGAAGGGCCUACUGGACGUAGCCAUCUUGGAUCAUUCUUCAGUUUUUGCUUGAUGGAAGUUUAAUCUCUGGUUGAAUAAAAAGCACUUUUAGAGGAAAACAAUUUAACUGUUCUGAAGAACUGUAAAAGCUGUAAAAUUGAAUGUAUUGGUUGUUCAGUAGUUAGGAGGUCCUCCUCCUGAAUUUUAUUUAAUAUUAGACAAAAUUCCUGAAAAAGGUGUAAAAGUUCUAUGGUAGACAUUAAAAACAAAAGCCUUUUUUUUAAA